AUGGGUCGCCUUGUCAUUGCUCACCACAAGAGCUAUCACCCCUACAAGGCUGAGAAUAUCGAGCGAGUUCGGCGAGACGAGGAAGAGGCACGCCUGCAAGAGGCAAAGGAGGAAGGACGACUUAGACUCGCUGACUCGGAGGCCCGGAUUGAGCUCUUGCGGAAACGCGCAGGCAUUCGAGAGUCAAAAGCGUCUCGCAAGGACAAGGAAGAGGACGACAUAAUUCCAGAGGCAGUAAAGGCGUCAUUCAAAGAGCAUAAGGAGGCAAAACCGGAUGCAUUGCAAGGCUUGAUGACCAAUGGACACAUCAAUCUCUUUGCCGACCUUGAAAACAAUGAAGCCUCUCUAGCCCAAGCAACAGAGCGUCCAAAGAAGAGGCGCGGAAAGGAAAAGGAAGACGACGACGCGGAAACGGAUAGAGGGUAUCGCCUCGCACCCUCAGAGGCUGAUAGAAAGCCAUGGUAUAUAAAGUCGAAGGAGGAGGGGCAGCCGAAACUAGACGCAGACAAGCGGGAUAGAGACGAAAUGCGGAAGCAAAAGCAUGAUCCUCUCAAGGACGUGGAAGCCUCUCUUUCUCGUGCAUCUGCAAAGGCUGCACUAACCGUGCGACAAAAGCAUCCAAUGCAUCCACCAUCUUCGACAACCUCAAACCCAUUACUUGAUUCACGUUUAUCUCGCGAAGCCAGUGAGCGAGAACGGGCAGCGGAAUUGAUUGCUCGGAGAAAGCGAGAACGAAUGGGCGCUGAGACGCCUUCUACUACUGCUGCAUCGGAUGCAGGAUACGGAAAUUUGUUCAAUAAGACGGAUGUCGAAGAAGCUGCGCGAAGAAGGCGGGAUAACGAGCGAUGGAAAGACCGGGUCCGAAAUUGGGACGGCACUGAAGGUCAUGGACGACGCUGGUGA